ACGUGAAUCUAACGUGGCCACUACAAAAGAAAAAGCAGCUGACUCACUUCUGUUUUCUUCUUUUCCUCAAAAGUAACCGAAAGUAGAAAUCUUCCCACAGGUUAAAUUUUCCCAUUGAUUCUCUUAUUCUUCUUCAAAGAUCCCUCACACCCUUUUUACUAUUCAUACUUGUAAACCUUUUUUUAACUAGACGAGAGAAAAGGGUAAAUUAAGAAGUUGGAGAAGAAGGUGGUUUGGUUAUUUGUGUAAUGGAAGAUGGGGAUGUAUCAGGUUCUACAGAUGAGAAUAAAGCCAGAAAAAUAGUACAAAGAAGUGAAAAUAUUAAUGGCAAUGACAAGAAUGUGGGGAUUUCAGUAGCUACAGCUUCUACUAUGUUUCCAGGUUUUCGGUUUUGUCCAACGGAUGAAGAGCUGAUAUCGUAUUACCUGAAGAAGAAACUUGAAGGGUCUGAUAAAUGUGUUGAAGUUAUUUCUGAAGUUGAGAUUUGGAAACAUGAACCUUGGGAUCUCCCAGAUAAAUCCGCUGUUCAAUCAGAUAAUGAAUGGUUCUUCUUCUCUCCUCGUGGAAGGAAAUACCCGAAUGGCUCGCAGAGUAAAAGGGCAACUGAGUCUGGUUACUGGAAGGCCACAGGAAAAGAACGUAAUGUGAAGUCUGGUUCUAAUAUGAUUGGCACAAAGAGAACCCUGGUGUUCCACACGGGUAGGGCACCGAAAGGACAGAGAACACAAUGGAUAAUGCAUGAAUAUUGCAUGACCGGGAACUCUUAUUAUCAGGAUUCAGUGGUUGUUUGCCGCCUACGGAAGAACAAUGAAUUUCAUUUGAAUGACACCCAAGGAAAUCGAAGGAAUCAUCUGGCUGUUGACUGCUCCACUGCUUUGUCUGGGGCAGCACAGUUGGACAGUUGGGACUUGAUAAAUGGAGGGGAGUGCUGUUCAAAAGAGGGUAGUAGCAGUUUUAGUUCUCAUUCGGUUGAGAAGGUUGAAUCUGGAUCAGAAUCCGAUAAGCUGACUAAAGUGUUGCCUCAGCAUAAUUCCUCUAGUCACUGGAAGGAUUGCGACGAAGAGGACUGUUUUGCUGAUAUAAUGAAAGAUGAUAUCGUUAAGCUAGAUGAUUCUUCAUAUAAGGCAAGACAGAAUCUGUUGCCAAUAGUCACUAGAAAGCUUGAAUCAUCUACAAAGUCAACACCCCAGGAAUUCCAAGAUCUAAUGUCUCAUAGGCUGCCUUUCCAGGGCACUGCAAAUCGAAGACUAAGACUACAAACAGAAAUAGUGCCUCGUCGAGUAGAAGCAUAUGAAGCUAAUAAGAAGAAUAGCCGUGCUGCGGACACCACUAGACGUUUGAUGAUUAACAUAAUUCCAGUAAGAAGAAUAAAGCAAUGGUCGAUACCUCUGCUUCUGGUUUCCUUGGUCUUAGCGGUCAUAUUUCUUUGUAUGUUUGGAGUUCCACAGCAAGUAAAAUGGCUUGGGCAUCUUCUUGUUAUUACUCCACCUGAAGUGAAUACCAGACCUGCAUAGAUUUCUUUGUAGUAUUUGGAGUGGCAGUUCAGAGAAAAUUGGUUCAACUUUCUGGUGCACGAAAUGGUAGCAGCUCAAAGAAGAUUGGCUCAACUUUUGAUGCAUGAAAGGGAGGCAGCUUAUGUCCUAUGAUCUGGAUUUUUCCAACAAAACAAGAAUGUAGAGGAUGACACAUUGUAAAUUUGUAUAGUAGUUGUAUGGUAGUAACAGAACUUCAGGGUGGUGUCUAACUUAACAUAGUUGUAUAAGUCCUUGUAAAGAUGUGUAGUUGUUUAAUACUGCGCAGACAACAGUUUUUCAUAUUUUUCUGCAUUAACAAUUACCAAUUUUGGGUUGAUAUGUAAGCCCUUGAAAGAAUUCCUAAUUUAGACUUGCCAAAUGGAAGUUCAAGUUACAUUACCA